AUGGCCGCCGAAAUGGAGGCACAGAGCGCUGGGGCCGAGGACGGUUUCACUCAGGUCACCCGCAAGGGUGGCCGGAGAGCGAAGAAAAGGCAGGCGGAGGAGCUGUCCGCGGCCGGGGAGGGCGGGGACGCGAGCCGCAUGGACACCGAGGAGGCCCGGCCGGCGAAGAGGCCGGUGUUCCCGCCCCUGUCCGGGGACGGGUUUCUGGAUGGGAAAGAAGAAACAAGGAAAAUUCCAGUCCCGGCUAACAGAUACACACCAUUAAAAGAGAACUGGAUGAAGAUAUUUACUCCUAUUGUAGAACAUUUGGGACUUCAGAUACGCUUUAACUUGAAAUCGAGGAAUGUAGAAAUCAGGACUUGUAAAGAAACUAAGGAUGUUAGUGCUCUGACAAAAGCCGCCGAUUUUGUGAAAGCCUUUAUUCUCGGAUUUCAGGUAGAGGAUGCACUUGCUCUCAUUAGGUUGGAUGACCUCUUCUUAGAGUCUUUUGAAAUUACAGAUGUGAAACCUCUAAAGGGAGACCACCUGUCAAGGGCAAUAGGAAGAAUCGCUGGCAAAGGAGGAAAAACCAAAUUCACCAUAGAGAAUGUGACACGGACUCGGAUAGUUCUAGCUGAUGUGAAAGUUCAUAUCCUUGGCUCUUUCCAAAACAUCAAGAUGGCAAGAACUGCCAUCUGCAACCUCAUCCUGGGAAAUCCUCCAUCAAAGGUUUAUGGCAAUAUUCGAGCUGUGGCUAACAGAGCAGCAGAUCGAUUCUGA